AUGAUGCUCGAUUUUGCACUCUUCAACACACUGUCAAGUGGCAAUACACAGAAGAGUAUUCGAGCCUGUACUGUCGACGCUGGCGAUACAUCGCUCUCUUCCCGCAGUGCAUCCUGCGAGGGCGCAAUUGGGACGACCGAGAUCGUCACAGCAAGUUUGCAGAUGGCUCAAACAGUGUCAACGGACUCCUCAAGCGAGAUCUCUGAUAUGAUCGCUGUCACUGAAAAGCUCGAAGAGUAUGUUAAACAGCAGGCCUCCUGUAAUGGGACUGCUGCUUUUGCCACAUAUAGCAAGGCUAGUGUGGGUAUCUACGCUGGCGCUCAGAUACAACAGCAGGGUCUCGUCGACACCGUUAUAAAGGAGUUUAUUGCUGCCUUGAAAACCAGUGCCUCUUCUGAAAAACUCCUUGUGCAACUAUGUGAUGAAAGUCGCAGUAGUCGAUAUGCAGUCGGGAUCGUCGUCGAUGCAACUGGGGAUCUCGCUGCGGUUCAACAUGCAGUCCAAUCAUGGACCAAUGGCACUUGUGUCACUUCUUUGGGAACGCCAUCGAGCUGGAAUGAUAUCACUUUUUCCAUCCCAGUACCAAGCCAAGUCGCCAACUCCACGGCCAAGCCCUCUACAAGCCAUGCUGCCCGCGCAUUGCAUCUUCGAUCAACCUGUUCCACCACUCAAGUCAAUGAAGGAGAUUUGUGUGCCGAUGUCGCAACGGCAUGUGGCAUUACCGUUGCCGAAUUGACCGAAUAUAACCCAAGCUCCUCUUUUUGCACUACAUUGCAAGCAGGCCAGCAUGCCUGUUGUUCCUCAGGAUCACUCCCUGACUACACUCCUUCACAGUACUCGAACGGUACCUGCUACAGCUAUACGGUUCAGAGAGAUGAUACUUGCAAGGCCCUUUCAGUGGCCUAUGAUAUUACAACUUCCGACAUUGAGGAAUGGAAUGCUGAUACAUGGGGCUGGUUUGGCUGCAAUGAUCUUCAAAUAGGGAGCUAUAUCUGUCUUAGCGACGGCUCGUCCCCUAUGCCUGCCCCGGUUAUCGGCGCUGUCUGUGGCCCUCAGGUUCCUGGUACAGCAACUCCGCCCGCAGGCACAAAUUUGACAACAAUGAAUGAAUGCCCGCUGAAUGCUUGUUGUGAUAUUUGGGGACAAUGCGGCACCACGGACGAGUUUUGCACCAUUAGUGAAUCUAGUACGGGGGCUCCCGGCACUUCAGCGAAUGGCACAAAUGGUUGUAUUUCGAACUGUGGAACUUCAAUUGUGAUGUCUGAUGCCCCUUCGGAAUUCAGAAAAGUUGCGUACUUUGAAGCCUACGAUCAGACACGUCCCUGCUUGGAUAGCUCCGUCGCAAGCAUUGCCAGUGAAGAUUAUACACAUGUGCAUCUCGGAUUCGCUACGAUCACCUCCGAUUUCAAUGUCAAUGUCUCUGAUAUUACCAGUCAAUUUAACACCUUCAUCAGCCUGGAUACCAGCUGGAAAAAAAUCCUUUCAUUUGGUGGAUGGGAUUUCUCCACCAGUCCAGACACAUACGAUCGAUUCCGUCAGGCGGUCACCGAGGAUAAUCGCGCCACAUUUGCCUCCAACGUUGUUGCCUUUGUGGAGAAAAAUGGCCUUGACGGUGUUGAUUUUGAUUGGGAAUAUCCCGGCGAGCCUGAUAUUGAGGGUAUUCCAGCAGGAAGUGAAGACGAUGGCAUUAACUACUUCAUGUUUUUGGAUGAAUUGCGGGUUCAGUUCUUGGAAUCAUCUGUCCCUGGAGCAUCCAUUUCCAUUGCCGCCCCAGCCUCGUUUUGGUAUCUACAAGGGUUUCCCAUCGAGGCUAUUGGCCUGAUUGUCGACUAUAUUAUCUUCAUGACAUACGAUCUCCAUGGGCAAUGGGAUUACAGCAAUGCCUACUCUCAGGAUGGCUGUUCUUAUGGUAACUGUCUGCGAUCUGGAGUGAAUAUGACAGAGACUAUCAACGCAUUGUCGAUGAUCACUAAAGCUGGUGUGGCUUCCAACAUUGUCGUAGUUGGCAUUACCAGCUAUGGACGUUCUUUUCAAAUGACGACUCCAGAUUGUUAUGGUCCAAUGUGCACCUACACUGGACCCGACUCUGGGGCCUGGAAAGGUUCCUGCACCGAUACCGCUGGAUACCUUGGAAAUGCGGAAAUCUCCUACGCAAAUGCUAGCAUUUCUGGCUCGAAGUACAUCUUUGACGACGAUAGCUACUCUGACAUAUUGAUAUUUGGAGACACGCAAUGGGUUGCCUGGAUGACCGACGGCAACAAGGCAGUCCGGUCGUUACUUUACGAAGGUUUCAGCUUUGGCGGCACGUCUGAUUGGGCCGUGGAUCUUCAGGGAGACUCGAGUACACUCAACUCACAGUGCAAAUCCUUGAGCGCACCAAGUGAAUCGUCGUUUCCUACUUGCACGGGCAAAGUUUCCACGACCGGCUGUAUUGCUGGCACUGGCAGUGACGACUACGAGAGUCUGUGUGAAUUCACCUGUCAGUACAACUAUUGCCCGACACCGAUGUGUACCUGCAGCGAGACUGGUGGCGUUGUUUCUCCACCACUUGAAACACUGGGUAAUUUCUGCCCAGUUUCGUCCUUAGAUUCCAGUUAUGGAGGUCUCUGUACCUUCGCUUGCCAGUAUGGCCAUUGUCCCAGCGACUACUGCGAGCAGAUGACGGGCUCAAGCUUCUAUUCAUGCGAAAACCCCGAGUCAUUGAUUGAGCUUUCAGCAAAUUUCUCAAGUGACGCAAGCUGCCAAGAUGUUGGUGCUCGUACGUAUUUCCCUUCUCCUCUCCAUUUCCCAUUCCUGAAGGUCCUUUGGGUUCCCCUUUGA